AUGGAGCCCUGGGGCUGGACAUGGGCCCGCGGGCAGGGUUCCCAGUGCCUCUGGCCAUCUAUCUCCUCCUUUGUUCGUGCUCUUUUCCUGCUGCUGCUGCUGCUGAGGCUCGCAGGUUGCUUGGGUGCAAGUGAAACCUGGGAGGCACUGUCCACGGUGGCUCUGGCCGAUGUCCCCGGCAACCCCAGACUUCGUCUUCCUCGACAGGACUUGACCACCCAGUCUCCGGGCACAACCCAGGUUCCAGUCACAGCCAGUCAGAUGGCGGCCUCAACCAGACAGCCGCCCCCUCAUACCUGCGGCUUCUCCUUUGAGCAGGACCCCACCCUCAGGGACCCACUGGCCAUGAGUCGGCGAUGGCCAUGGAUGGUCAGCGUGCGGGCCAAUGGCACUCACAUCUGUGCGGGCACCCUCAUUGCCUCCCAGUGGGUACUGGUCGUGGCCCACUGCCUAGUCCAGCGUAACGUUACCUAUUCUGUGCUUGUGGGGAGCCCAGUAUUGGAUGAGCCAGGGCAGCAUGCACGCAAUGUCCCGGUGGGCCAGGUCAUCGUGAACAGAAGGUUCCGGUCCCGACGAUACUGGUCAUGGGUUGGCCGGGCCCAUGAUGUCGGCCUCCUCAGACUCCAGUCGACACUCAAGUACAGCAAGUAUGUCUGGCCCAUCUGCCUGCCUGGCUUGGAUUUUGAGGUGGAAGACAAUUCCCUUUGCACUGUGACAGGCUGGGGACUCCCCAGGACUAAUGGUGUAUGGCCCCAGUUCCGGUCCAUUCAGGAGAAGGAAGUCACCAUCCUGAACAGCAAGGAAUGUGAUCAAUACUACCACCGGUUCUCCAAAAUCCCCACUAUAGUCCAGAUCAUCAACUCCCAAAUGAUUUGUGCAGAGGAUAACACGAGGGACAGUUUCUGCUAUGAGAAGUCCGGUGAGCCCUUGGCCUGCGCUGUGGAGAACACGUGGUACCUGGUGGGAAUGGUGAGCUGGGGCCCAGGCUGCAACCAUGGUGAUGCACCGCCUAUCUACCUUCAGGUCUCCAGCUACCAACAGUGGAUCUGGGACCGCCUCAACGGGCAGCCCCUGGCCCCACCAGCUCCGUCUAGGGCCCUGCUCCUGGCACUUCCUCUGCCACUCAGCCUCCUGGCCACUCUCUAA